GCACCACGCAACCAGGCCAGCUGCUUGGGCCCGACCGCAAACCAAACCAUAGGUAGAGACAACGUCCCCAUGGCGGCCCCUUCUUCGGGACGACAGAGUCGGACUCUCUGUACUUUCUACGAGAAGGGGUCUUGCAGAUACGGAGCCAGCUGCCGUUUCACCCACGGCACGUCAGACAGCCGUGAGCUAAGAGCAGAUGGUGCCGCUGGCGAGACACAAACACCAGGGCAAGCGAAACCGACGGCUUCGACGAGCUCCAAGGAACCGUGCAGGUUCUUCGCGAAAGGCAAAUGCGUCAGGGGCGCCAGCUGCCGUUUUUUUCACUCCGCCACCGGCUCGGACGACUCCCGUGAGGGCGAUAGCGACGAGACGGGUCGCCGCACUCGCAGCAGCAGCGGCAAGGCCACCCCCAACGGCGGCUGCGCGGAGGGGGACGAGGACAGAGGACAGGCGGUGACCACCGCGAAACGCUCGACUCGUCCUUGCCCUUCGCCCAGCCGUCAGUCCACCUCCGCCUCCGCAGCUGCGGUUGCUGGAGACUCGCGGGUGAGACCGGAAGGCGUUUGCGAGAAGCGGGGUGAUGCCGGGUGUUGCUCGUCGAAAAAGAGUGGUGGUAGCAGCGGUGGCGACGAGAUGACCGGGAGACUGCAGCGGUCGUGGACCGACAUCGCCACCGAGGAUGUCCCGAUCGACGCCGGCGGCGGCACCGCGAGCUCCGCCAGCACCGCCAGCACCCAAAGCGGAACCAGUUGUGAGGAGAACGACGGUGACGCCGAAGAACCCAUCGCGCCGGCCCGGCGCAAGUUGGCCGCGAACGCGGCCGACAAGAGAGAUAGAAACACCGCUCGACCAGCCGCCGCCGCCGCCGGGAACACCUCCGCUCCCGCGCCCGGCGCCUCCGCCCCGUUGGGCCAGCGUCGGACGCAGCCCGUCGGAGGAAGUUAUCGUGGCGAAAUCGACAGGAAGGGUAAGCAGGAGAAGCAGGCGUGCGUGUUCUUCGCUCGCGGGCGGUGUAGGUACGGAGACCGCUGCAGGUUUUCCCACGAUGCCGUCGAGGAGACGCCGGCAGCAGGAGCAGGGGGGGAGCGGGGGAGCCAUGGCGGCAGAGGCGGCGGCUCCGUGGGGAGGAAGGAAAAGAGGGGCGUGGCGAGCGAGCCAUCAUCCCACGCGAGCGAGGGUUUCGGCGAGGACGAGGUGGCCGCUAGGGAAGCGGCCCUCGACGAGGCGGAGAGGAUUCAGUCUCGAAGCGCGGAGUGCGGCAUCUGCCUCGGAAAGGUGCGGAAGCUUGGGAAGGUGAAGGACAGGGUCUUCGGCAUCCUCGUGAGCUGCAAACAUAUCUACUGCCUCGGCUGCAUUCAGGAGUGGCGAGACAAGAGCAACAACCACGCGUGCCCGGAGUGCGGCCUUUCCUCGUCGCUCGCGCUUCCGAGCAAGACUUUCGUGACGGACCUCGAUAGAAAGAAACGCCUGGCGUUGGAACUCCGUCAGUCUCCUAGGGGCACGCCUUCCGGCCGCCGUCUCUAAUUAGCACCCCGAUCAUUUCCAACGGGUGAGGUUUCGGCGAGUGGCGGCUUUUUCCGUCCGUACCACCGCUAUUAUUGUCGUUGUUGUGCCAAGCGUAAAGGGGAUCCCGAGAAAUCAUGACGCUUCUCGCGGUGGUUGCGCGUCCCACGCCGUCGCCAUCUGCAAGUGUGGUGGGUCUCAUGCAAGGCCAGUCUUGCGUGAGGGAGUGAUUGCGUGGCUCCGCUCGGUUGCAAAACGUUGCUGAAUCAGUUCGUUCACGGCCGUCCUGACGUGAUUUUCGCGUGGUGCCCUCGCACACCGCCGUUCUACUGCGUGUGCUCGAGUUUAUUCUAAGAUGUGUCGAAUGCGAGUUGUUUACCAGGGUCCCAAGCUUUACCAGUUUAUAACACCCACCUUUGUUGGUACUCGUUGUUGUUUUGAUGUUGGCGACGGGAGGCAGUUUGCAGUUUUUUCCCAGAGCCUAUACUUCUUGUCGUUCCCAUGCAUAGGGUUUGUGCUUUUUGGCGGGUAACGGGUAAGAGUGCGACCGAUACUAGGCAGAAGUCCCGAGGUGAAAUCGACUCUUGGUUUGGGCAUCUCGCCGGCUUCGAACGAGUCGCCGGCUUCGAAGGUGGCGGCUUGGAGGACAAUUUUUUGAGAAGCGGAUAGUAUCACCUGCCCCCCUUGCCGCUGCCCUCCCUCACGUUGUUGUUGUUGUUGUUGUUGCCCACAGGGGUCCCCCUGGCUCUUCGGGGCGCUCGACGAUUAUCGCGCGUUGACGGGAUGCCCCUGCAUCCUCCCAGAUUGCUUUUUGGCGCCUGGCAGCUUGACCGGGUGGCAUGCGCACCUACUACUAGAGAGUACCAGUACUCGAGUGUGUCCGUCCAUAUGACACUACUCAGGAAAACGAUAUACAGCAAAUUUCACGUGCAAGAUUUUGGUUUUGCUCACACCUACGCGCUAGCUGUGAGCCCCCCCCCCCCCCCCCCCCCCCCCCCNCCGCGUCCCCCCCCCCCCCCCCCCCCCCCCCCGGCCGUGUCAUUCAUGUCUUUCGCUCUUCAGUGAGAGUUAGAGCAGUGCAAGCGUUUUGCACUGCGGUGCGUACUUCAGUUGUUCCCAAGCGCUUGACUACGGAGGUUAAGCUUCGUCACAGAGGGGGCUUAGGAGUGCCAAGCCUAACUUGAUAUAUUGUGGGUCGUUCUUCCUUGACCCAGCCUUUGAAAGGUGGUUGAUGAUUAGGAAAUCCCUUUCACCCCCCCCCCCCCACACACACACGGGGCAGCUCGUUGCUCGCGCACGCGCACCGCUGAGCAACGAGUUUGAGGAGACAGCUCUCUGCGUCCCCUUUUGUAGUGUUCCUGGGAUCUCGAAUGGUCUGUGUGCAUUUUUUUUUGUUUGCAACAGCGGGAUUCGCGGCGAGGCACUGCUCAGCACUACUCUUGCUGUAGUUAAAUGAGCUGCUGCUGCCUUGGACGUAACCUAGGUGUUGANGGGGGGGGGGGGGGGGGGGGGGGGGGGGGGGGGGGGGGGGGGGGGGGGGGGGGGGGUUCGGAAACAAAUUUUGUUCAUUGACGCGACAAGUCUAUGAGUGGGGGCUGGAGAUGCUUGUCAGUUCCCUCUUUCGUGUUGAUCUGCAUAGAAGGCUCGUAAAAACGUGGUAUGUACGUAGCCCUGUACUUUCACGAUUGGGUGUGAUCGUCGAGUGCAAUUGUUGCACCCCAACCGACCCAAAAUAACUUACUUCCUGUUUUGGUAUGUGGUUCGGAACUGGACCAUUUAACUUACACGGGAUGGUACACAAUGGGUGUGCUCAACCACACACGGAUCGUAGGUGGUUCAUGAGUGUUUCUAAGCGUUAAUCACAAACGGAGAGAGCCUGUGUUUUGUCGGGAGAGUUUUAUGGUAGUUGGUGGUUGGUGUUCAUCCAUGUCUAGGCUUGUGCUCGGUGUUGGUGUGUGGUUCAGGGCAGAAACUCGAGGAAUAGUCUAGCACGCGGCCAACGUUGAGUGUAACCUCGAGCGUGGUAAUUUCGCUAUGGUGUUGCCGUGGGUGUGCAUGGGGUGGUGCUGUCGAAGCGCUCGAGCUACGGAAGUAGACUACUUAGUGGGUGCAGGGGAGCUAGGGGUAAAGCUGGGCUGGCUGCUGUGGAGAUGUGUUGCGUUAGUGCCGGGGGGAGAAAGAAGAUCGUUUUUGUCAGCCUCGGUUGAAAAUCUCCGCGACGGUUUUCCCUGUGUAGGAACAUUUGCUGCGUGCAAGCUUGAAGGUGUUGGAUUAUUUUAGCGACCAAUGAUACAUACAAUCC